AUGGCCUCACAGAACCAUGACACAGCCACUGCCAAUGCCCCCGCAGCCUUCCAUAAGGGGACUGAGCCUGGGGCAAGUGCAGCCCAUGGAUCUGUGGGCAAGAAGUUACAGCAGGAAUUGAUGACCCUAAUGAUGUCUGGAAACAAAGGAAUUUCUGCCUUCCCAGAGUCUGGGAAUCUCUUCAAAUGGGUUGGGACCAUCCACGGGGCUUCUGGGACAGUAUAUGAAGACAAGCUCUCCCUGGAGCUCUGUUUGGACAUCCUCAAGGACAAAUGGUCAGCUCUGUAUGAUGUCAGGACCAUUCUACUAUCUGUCCAGAAUCUGCUGGGAGAACCUAACAUUGACAGCCCAUUGAACACACAGGCUGCUGAACUUUGGACAAACCCCACAGCCUUUAAAAAGUACCUGCUGGAACCCUCUGUGAAACAGGUUGACUAG